AUGGGUUUCUUCAGGUCCAGUCGUCUUUCCAUCAUAUCCACUGUUAUCUACUUCCUACCCUCCGGUCGCAAUCGUUCUAUCACUUGUUACUCCUUCACCGGGUUAUGCCUUGCCUACCUUGCAGCGCUUGUGUCCAAGAUCUUCUACAACGGGGCUCCAGUUCCUCUCGUCCCUUCGGCGCCCUUCUCCAGAGUAGCCGUCCUUAUAAACCUUACUCUUAACAUUGCAGCAACACUGUGGCUUGUCGGCUGGCCGGCCUAUAUCCUCGUCCGCAUGAAACUUCGGAAACCGCAUCGCCGCUUGUUCAUUGUAUGCUUCUCCUGCACUCUCUUACUCGCCGCAAUGGACGUAUUCCACGCCUUGAAUAUCAUCGUAGAGAGGUUUGACGUGAUCAUGGUCUCCGCACAUCUCGAGCUCCUUUUCUCGGUUCUAACAGCCAAUGUUGUAAUACUGGCGGCCUUCUUGUACCGAGCUUUCAAAGCCAGGCAAGAUGGUGCUAUUACCUCGUUGAGCGAGUCGGAUUCAGCAAGUGGGACUUCGGAGCGUCAAGUGGCUGGUACUACCCAGGCAGCCGCAUCAGCACGGGCGUUCGCAACAGCCAGAUCUUCCGAAAUUGGCCCCUUCACCACUCUAUACAUGUACACCACCCACUAUAGUCAGGAAGGCGAUGUUCCUGAGACGUCGCAAGUCAUGCUCUCCGGCGGCUCGAGCAAAUUUCUGACGCCCUCUUCGGAUAUGUCGGCGACAACUCGGAAUCAUGGUCGAAGUAUUGUCCUGUCGGAUAGUUUUACCUCUUGCGGAGAACAUCUAGCCACGUCGAGCUCAGGUAGUCCAUCAGGCAAGGGACCCUGA